GGGCUGGAACUCGAACACGAACGUACUGGGUCAGACUAAGAUAGAGCGGGGGCAACUUGCCGAAAGCACAAGCCGAACGGCCCGCACGUGGCACCUCUCUCCCCAGCCUGCCUGCCGAAAUUCGACUUCACGCCCAAUAAGCUCAGCGCAUUAUGCAUCAAUGCAUCAAAACCACUCCAGCUCCACGCUUGCCAAAAAGAAAACACCUGCGUAAUUGGGACCCAGUCGAUAAACAAGCAGGGCCAAGAGGCGAGUACGAGGAAACGGAAGCGUGAAGUACUUUGUCGGUGAAGUAUGAAAAAAGGGGUGGAUGAGGACGGGUCGGGUCGGGUCGUGUGCACCCACUAUCGGUAGGUGCAGCGUACGUACGGCGGUGCGAUGAUUACAAGUAAGAACGGCCUGGAGCGAGUGGCCUGAGUGGGGUGGAGAGAGGGGGCGGCUAAGAUAACGUACAUCAUAAACAAGAACGGAGAACACGACGCGCUCAAAGAGAAACAGGGGAUAAGAGAACGGGCAGAAUGCUUAACGAUGUGCGCGUGAAAACCAAGGAGCUAGCAAGGGAGCGUGAGGGGGUACCAAGAUCGAGAUCGAGAUCGAGAGCCAGCUAAAGAGAGAGAAAGGAAAAAGGAGAGGAAAAAGAAAGGAGAGGCAGUGGACGAUGUCGACUUCGACGUCGGUCGGGAUGGUCAAUCGAUGGCGAUUGUGUAAAUGCGGGCGUGCAGGCGUAAUCUAUCUAUAAUGCUACGAGUAUUAGGUUAAAUAUGCUGCAGGCGGGCGAUGGCGGAGAGGAGACCCGAGAGGAGAAGGAAAAGGGGCAGCGACAACAAGUACAACGGGUAUGGCGAGAAGGCAGGGGGAUAGAUCGAUGUGUAAGAGAACGUACGGAAAUCGUGACGUGUUAUGAGUUAUAUGCGAUGCGCAAGGAAAUCAAGAACAGGAAAUAGAAAAGGAUCAAGCGGGCGGGAGCAGGCGUUGGUCUGCAUCUCAAGCAUCGUCAUCGCCGCCUUCGGUCUCUGCAACUAUGACGGAUGAGAGACGGCUGCGG